AUGUUAAUGAUGGGCAUGAUGCCCCGUUAUUCAUCUCUGAUUCUUGUUCUGUUGUUUCUUCAAAACAUAUCUUUCUCAAAAGCCCUUAACAAAGGCUUUACUGUGGAAAUAUUCCACCGUGAUUCACCAAAAUCACCAUUCUACCGUUCUAACGAAACUCAUUUUGAUCGGGUUAUGAAUGCCAUGCAACGUUCCAUCACCCGUGCUAAUCAUUUCACACAAUCUUCCGUCACCCCAAACACAGUCCAGUCCACUGUUAUACCAAAUUCAGGUGAAUACCUGAUGAACUAUUCAGUUGGAACCCCACCAUUCAAAAUCCUAGGUAUAGUUGAUACGGGUAGUGAUCUUGUUUGGCUGCAAUGCCAACCUUGUGAAAACUGUUACAACCAAACCAGACCUAUAUUUGAUCCUUCAGAAUCCACAACAUACCAAAACCUACGUUGCAACUCUCCUAGAUGUCAAUCCGUGCGAAGUUCUUGCUCAGGUGAUGGGCAAACAUGUGAAUAUAGUAUUCGAUAUGGUGAUGGCUCACAUUCAAAUGGAGAUCUUAGUGUGGACACCCUUACUCUGGGUUCCACUGAUGGUUCUAGUAUCCAAUUUCCAAAAACUGUGAUAGGAUGUGGACACGACAAUACUGGGACCUAUGACGCCAAUGGCUCUGGCAUUGUUGGUCUUUCACUUGGACCUAUCUCCCUUAUAACUCAACUCAAUUCUACAGUAGAAGGUAAGUUUUCGUACUGUCUGGCACCAUUUAUUUCUCGACGAUCAAAUUCAUCUAGCAAACUCAAUUUUGGAGAUGCUGCUGUGGUUUCUGGGAAAGGGACUGUCUCAACCCCUAUUGUUCAACGACAAGGAGAAAUAUUUUACUUCCUAACCCUAAAAGGAUUCAGUGUGGGAAACACUAAAGUGGAUUUUGGAAGCUCUUCCUCUGAAUCUGGUGGAGAGGGGAACAUCAUAAUUGACUCAGGGACAACUCUCACUCUUUUGCCAGAACAUGUUUACUCAAAUUUAGAAUCAGCAGUAGCAGAUGCAGUUAAACUAAAGCGUGUUGACGACCCAAAACGAUUUUUUAGUCUAUGCUAUGAAACUACAUCUAAUGAAGUAGAUUUCCCAGGAAUCACAGCACAUUUUAAAGAUGCAGAUGUGUUGUUGAAUGCUACCAACACUUUCGUUCAGGUGGCUGAUGGAGUAAUAUGUUUUGCUUUCCGUUCAAGUACAACCGCGAUCUUUGGAAACGUGGUACAACAAAACUAUUUGGUUGGCUACGACCUCGAACAUCAAACAGUGUCUUUUAAGCCCACAGAUUGUACUAAUUAUAAGAAAUGA